UCUGUUGGGUCUUCAACAUUCCAUAUAUUUUAUUUCCGGUGCAGGCCUACGUCACCAUGUGCUUUCUUAUGGAGCGAACGUGUUGACACCACAUUUCAUUGCAGUUCAGAUACAGUAACUCUAGUUAUUCGUCCGUUAAUACAGUUACACCGUGACAGAUACAAUAUGGUGAGGAAGUGUUUUUUCCGUUGUGCUGGGCCGAGUCCUCUGUACACGGUACCAAAGGAGGAGCCUCAACGUAGUGAGUGGUUACGUUUUAUUUACCAAAACGCCGUACCUUCCUCCUUUCCCCAAAUUUAUUUAUGUCCGCGACAUUUUACUGAUAAAAGUUUUAGCAACCUGGGCCUGUACGCGGCCGGCUUCUCCAAGCUGACGUUGACGAGGGAGGCGAUCCCAACCCUCUUUGGUCCUGGGAGCGAAGAAGUAAUCACUGAAAAUCGAGGAUACCGGCGUGAUGUUGGCUGCCAAACCGAGACACCCUCAGUCAUGUCAACGGGAAGCCAAACCAAUGCCAUUGGCAAACGUCCAGUGGGGACAAGAACGGAGACACGCAAAAGCUCGCCAGGCACCCAGUUGUCCUUCGGCUCAGUGAAGACGGCACACAUAAGAAGCAAAGGCACCCAGUCAAGGAUGCCAGCUUUUAGUGUUGGCAUUGGAUGCUCAAUGGACUUCCUUUGUCCUGACUCACCCAUGUCGUCCAUCCCAGUGAAGGGCCCUGGGUUUCGGACAAGUAAAAGACCUCGACUUGAGUUUGAGGAAGAGGAUGAGGAUGAGGAAGAUCAAACAGAUGAACAUGAGCAAGAUCCCUUUGAUGAAACCUAUGUUCCUGAUGAUGUAUUUGCGAUUACAGAAUCUGAUGCCUCUUUUGACUCUCCAGUUCCAUUCGAUGAACCAAAGUACAUUGUCUUUGAGAGCUGCCUCAAACUACUUUUUGCCAAGUGCCCAGACUGCCACAUGGAAUGUGAUGCCCGGCCCAGAAGAAUGGGGACUUUAGUGACCUUUGCACAGCGCUGCACAAACUGUAAUUUCUUCAGGAGGUGGGAGAGCCAACCCAUAGCUGGUAGCACUCCUGUUGGGAAUCUACAGCUUUCAGCUGCCACAUAUUUCACUGGCUCCUCAUUUAUUCAGCUGGAAAAGGUGUGCAAGGCAAUGAACCUUCAAACAUUCAGAUAUGACACCUUCCGAAGACAUGCACGGCAUUUCCUAGAGCCAGCAAUCGUCCAUAAAUGGAAAGCCGACCAGCGGGCACUUUUCCAGCAGCUGUUGGACCAGGAUGGGGAAGUUGCUGUGAGGGGAGACAUGAGGGCAGACUCUCCAGGCCAUUCAGCAAAAUUUGGCUGCUACAGCUUUAUGAGUCUGGGGGACAACAAGAUUUUGGACCUUCAGCUGGUUCAGAGCGAUGAAGUGGGCGGUAGCUACCACAUGGAGAAGGAGGGGCUAGUGAGAUGCCUUGAAAACAUGGAAUCUAAUGGCCUGAAAAUCCAGUACAUAGUAACUGAUCGGGACCCUCAGAUCCAAAAGUUCCUGAGGGAAAAAAACAUUCCACAGUUUUAUGACGUGUGGCACUUCGAAAAGGGCCUGUCAAAAAAACUUGAGAAGCUGUCCCACCAGCAGGACUGCGAGGUGUUACAGCCAUGGGUCCAAAGCAUCAAAAACCACGUGCACUGGUGUGCCACCUCGUCAACAUCUGGGCCUGAGAAGGUGGCGAAGUGGACAUCUCUAAUAAACCACCUGCAGGACAAACAUGACCACGAUGACCCCUUAUUCCCAACAUGUGAGCAUGAAGAGAAGGUCUCCAAGAAACCCAGCAAAUGGCUACAGCCUGGAUCAGUUGCUGUCCAUGAAGCUGAAAAGCUGCUAACCAAUAAGAGGGUACUGAAAGACGUGGAGAAGCUUAGUCACCACCAUCAGACGUCAUCCCUGGAAUCAUUCCACAGCCUCAUCAUUAGGUUCGCCCCAAAGAGCACAGUUUUCCCAUUCAUGGGAAUGUUGUGCAGGUUGUAUCUCGCAAGCAUGCACUUCAAUGAAAAUUCAGAGCGAGGUCAAGCCAGAACAUCUACAGGAGAGGCGGUAUACAAAAUCCAGUACCCAAAGUCUAAAAAGGGGGCCGGCGUUGUGAAGCCAGUUAAGACCGUCCCUACAUUCAACUAUGUACAGGACCUCAUGAGGCUGUCGAUGGAUGUGUUCAGAGACCCUGCACCAUUCAUGGAGGAAUUGCAGCAGAUCACUAUCCCACCAGACCUUUCCUCAGCAUUUGAGAAGACUGCAAAGGAAGAGCUGAUUGCACAUCAUGUGUCACGCUUCAAUCUAGAAUAGGGGUCUAAAUCAGAGCCUGUGUCGAUUCAAUUCGAUAUUAAUGUCUUGGGCCAUGAAUUAAAUUACUUUUGAUACUUCAGAAUGCUCCUCCAUUCAAAUCAAUGGUUCCAAUUUUUUUACUUUACAGGCUGGUACAUGUGUGAAAUGGUAAAUAAAUGAACAAAACCUA